AGGCGGCGAAGAUGGCGGAGAGCAGCGGUCGCGCCGGCAAGAACAGCGGGAGCGGCGCGGGGAAGGGGGCGGUGUCGGCCGAGCAGGUCAUUGCUGGCUUCAACCGCCUUCGGCAGGAACAGCGGGGCCUAGCAUCCAAGGCAGCGGAGCUGGAGAUGGAGUUGAAUGAGCACAGCCUAGUGAUCGAUACACUGAAGGAGGUAGAUGAAACCCGAAAGUGCUUCCGCAUGGUUGGAGGGGUGCUGGUGGAGCGCACUGUCAAAGAGGUGCUGCCUGCCUUGGAGAACAACAAGGAGCAGAUACAGAAGAUCAUCGAGACGCUGACACAGCAGCUUCAGGCAAAGGGAAAGGAACUCAAUGAAUUCCGGGAAAAGCACAACAUUCGCCUCAUGGGGGAGGACGAGAAGCCUGCCAAGGAGAACUCAGAAGGGGCUGGGGCUAAGGCCAGCUCAGCUGGAGUGUUGGUCUCCUAGGGACCAAGGCCUUUGCAUUUUUUUUCCUACCCUGACUCCCACUUCUUCUAAUUUCUCUUUAUUGUUAUUAUUUUCUCUGCUAUUGUAAUAUUUUUUGUUAAUUAAAUGUUUUGGUCAGAAA